UAGGAUUGCGGCUUCCUGUUUUGGUACUUAGAGGUCAUUCUAAGUGUUUGCUGUUUGAUGAGCACAGUAAAGUUCUCUAGCAAUUCAUAUGGUUGAAAUCUCAUUUUUGUUGCAAUGGCUUCGGAUACAGCUGGGGUUCAUGAUCAUUUGCAACCGACAACACAAGGGCCAAUGCAGCUAUCUUGUUGGAGAAAGUGAGUGAUCACAAAACAACAAAUGGAUUUGGAGGAAUGUGGGAUGCCUUGAAGAUGGGAAUGUGUCUGCUGCCACAGUCUUGCUACAUCUGGGCAAAAUAAGAGUAAUUCGUUGGGUAUGCAGUAUGUUCCAACAGAGGAAGAGAGGAGGACCUUUAAAGAAUGUAAUCAGGAGAGCUUUUGGUAUAGAUCAUUACCUUUUUCUGCCAUAAGCAUGUUUGUUACCCAGGGAUUAAUUUCUAAAGGAGUUCUUAGUACCUCCGCAAGAUUUGGCUCCAUUCCUAAAGUCGCAUUUGCUGGCAUUUUUGGAUACUUGGCUGGAAAGCUUUCAUAUACAAAGACUUGUCAAGAAAAAUUUAAGAGACUAGAAAAUUCACCCCUUGGAGAAGCUCUUCGGCGGGGACAAAGUCGUCAUCCAGCCCAAUACUCUUUUCACAAAACAGAUUUGAAUGGUGAAGGGACACAGGCAUCAGCCACAGCUCUUGCUCCUUCUGCUGUAGAAGGCACCUUUCCUGAGUACUCAGAAGUCCCAUUCAGUGCAUCCAUUAGUGAAUCUUCUACUACUGGGAUUGAUGACUUUAGUUCUCAAGCACCUGCACAGCAUUUUGAACCAGAGGCAGAGCAGUUCAAAAGAAAACCUGUCACAUAUGAAGAGUUAAGAAGCAAAAACCGCGAAACAUAUGAGGUGACAGUGACACAGAAGGCAGAAACUCCUCACAGGCCAGUACAAGAACGGGUACCUAAAAAAGAAGUUAACACCAACAAAUAUGGUGAUGUUUGGGAAGACUAGAAGAACUUGUCAAGGAUGCACAUAGACCUGAAAGUGAUAUACUUGCAUUUCGAGUUGUUAUGUUGGCUCCAAACAUCUUAUUGCACAAUUUACAGUUUUAAAUUUCCUUAUUAGAGACAGUUUGAUUUUCUUAAAUUAUCUUUUUAGAUUUCAGCAACUUGAAAUAAUUUUCAGAUGAAAGCAUCCCAUAACUACAUCUUAAAAAUUGAUAAGGAAACAGUAACUAUGUACAUAUCAAAGACUCUCAGCACCUCAUUGCUGCAUUUCAAGGAUGGUUUAUAAAGCAGACAAUAAUCAUUUUCACUGUGUCAGUGAAAAUAAUUGUUAUAUGCAUCUUCAUAUGCUUAUUUAAAAAUGGCAUUUUAAAGUCUCCUAUAAUGCCAGUGGAAAAUAUUUGUAAUUCUGAAAUGGGACAGUCAAUAAAAAUGCAUCAGUCAA